UCAACAUCUGAACAAUCCUUACCGUUCGAUACAGAUAAGGAGCUAAAAUCAAACAACAACAAACAUCAACGGCUAUGCGGACGAGAGCGCCCUAGUGAAACUUCCCGUUGCUACAAUCUUCUUUCUUUCGCCUCAAAAUCUUGAAAUCACAGAUUCGACUUCGAUCGGCGAUUCUUUGUUUUCGUCGAAUCUCCGCCGUUAUAUAUAAUUAUUUAUCUACAAAAAAAAAAAAAAAAAAAAAAAAAACAUUUCGUGAUUUCUGAGAUCGAAAUUCGAAAACCCUAGCUCUCUCUCUCUCUCUCUCUCACAGCUGAAAAGUUGUAAUGGAAACCGGAAGUAGCAGCGAAGGCUCGCCGGAGCCAAAGAAAGGCAAAUCGAAAACCCCCAGAAAACCUAAGGCUAAGGAUAGCGUUCUCAAGCAGAAAUCUCCAGCUGAGUUCUUUGCGGAGAACAAGAAUAUUGCUGGAUUUGAUAAUCCUGGGAAAUGCCUUUACACGACAGUUAGAGAACUCGUUGAGAACUCACUUGAUUCUGCAGAGUCCAUUUCCGAGCUUCCAGUUGUAGAAGUUACAAUCGAAGAGAUAGGGAAAAGCAAGUUUAAUUCUAUGAUUGGUCUUGUUGAUCGCGAACGUGUUGAUGAGGCAUUAUAUGAUGAUCACGAGACAGCUAAGGCUCGAGAGAGACGAUUAGCGAAGGAAGCAAAAGCUCAAGAAAUACAAGCUAAGAAUGCGGCCCUAGGGAAGAAAGUUAAAGAGACUACGGCUUCAAAGGGUAUGAAGGGUCGAGGUGAGGCUUCGUUUUACAGGGUGACAUGCAAGGAUAAUGGAAGAGGAAUGCCACAUGAUGACAUCCCAAAUAUGUUUGGACGAGUUUUGUCGGGGACAAAAUACGGUUUGAAGCAGACACGUGGAAAGUUUGGUCUUGGUGCAAAGAUGGCUUUAAUUUGGUCUAAGAUGAGUACAGGACUUCCUAUAGAGAUAUCAUCAUCAAUGAGGGACCAAGAUUAUAUGUCAUUCUGCAGGCUGGAUAUAGAUAUUCAUCGGAAUAUGCCCCACAUUCAUGUACAUGAAAAAAGGGAAAACAAAGAUCAGUGGUGUGGAGCUGAAAUUCAAAUAGUCAUUGAGGGAAAUUGGACAACUUACCGCUCCAAGAUCUUGCAUUACAUGCGACAAAUGGCAGUUAUCACCCCUUAUGCCCAAUUCCUCUUUAAAUUCAUCUCCGAUGCACCUGAGAAGAAUGUCACCAUAAAAUUUGCUAGGAGAACGGAUGUGAUGCCUCCAGUUCCUCUUGAGACAAAGCACCAUCCCUCAUCUGUUGAUUUGCUACUAAUCAAACGUCUGAUUACAGAAACUUCAAAACAGAACCUUUUGCAGUUUCUGCAGCAUGAAUUUGUGAAUAUAGGAAAAUCCUAUGCUGAACGAUUAAUUGGAGAAAUGGGCCCAGAUUUUAGCCCAAAAAUGUCAGUCAAGUCUUUAACAUCUCAACAAAUAGUUCGCAUCAAUCAGCUAUUUCGUCAAGCUAAGUUUGAUGACCCUAGUGGUGAUUGUCUUAGUCCUGCAGGUGAAUACAAUCUUCGUCUUGGAAUUAUAAAGGAGCUGCAUCCCGAUAUGGUUGCAACUUAUUCAGGCAGUGCUCAAGUUUUUGAAGGCCACCCAUUCAUUGUGGAAGCUGGUGUCAGUGUGGGAGGAAAAGAUGUCAAGCAAGGUUUGAACAUCUUCCGAUUUGCAAACCGGAUUCCACUUCUUUUUGAGCAAGGUGCUGAUGUUGUCACCAGGACCGCCCUUAAGAGAAUCAACUGGAAUAAUUACAAGAUCAACCAGACACAAGAUAAGAUUGGUGUUUUUGUGAGCAUAGUAAGCACAAAAAUCCCCUUCAAAGGUACCGGGAAAGAGUAUAUUGGAGAUGAUAUAAGUGAGAUAGCUACUGCUGUUAAGUCUGCUGUCCAGCAAUGUUGCAUCCAGCUAAAAUCCAAAAUAGUGAAGAAGAUACAGGCACGUGAGCAGCAGGAGAGAAAAAGAAAUUUAAGCAAGUAUAUUCCUGAUGCUACGAAUGCUGUGUAUGAUGUUUUGAAAGAAAUGGCACAGUUACAUGCAUCUAAGAAGAAACGUUAUGAGAAUGAGGAUGCAGAAAUAUUAAAAAAAGUAUCUGCUAAGUUGAUUACAAAAGACACACUGAGGCAAAAGCUUGCUGAGCAUGUUGAAAAGGUGGACUAUGAGAUGGCAUUGGAGUAUGCUACACACGGUGGAGUGAGUGAAGAACCCAAAGAAGCCAUAUAUAUACAGUCACUGGAAACUGAACCUAAGUUCAUUGAUUUACGUAGCCCCAUCUUUGUUUUCAGACUCUUCCAAUAGUAAUUUUUUAGAUAUUCUUUUAGUUUGUUAAAAAAAAAAUAUUUAAGACUAGUAUGGUUUUGGAUAGAAUAGAAUAGCAAAGAAGAGCAUGAGACCAACCCCAAAGUUUCUUUAGUAUCCACAGUGGAUCCCAAAAUUUUGGGGCCAAUGCUUUGUGGCUGAAAGCAUAGCAAAGAAAAUUCAAAUUUGUUUUCAUUAGUUACUAUCAUUACUGGAUUUCCUUGUAUCAAGUAAGCAAAUGAAGGAAAGAACGAAUAAAAAUUGAAUGUUCAAAGCUGAAUGUACUCAGUAUCACAAAUUCAGAAAAUGUUUGUAUUCUUUCCAUGUUAAGCAAAAGCAGAUUUUGAUUUAUGAA